AGUCUCGCCGGAGUGUCGUCUUGCCGGAGCAUCCACGCCGUCUUUGGGAAGAACACGACGCAUAAAUGAAUUCUUCAUCCAUGCAGAUCAACCAAACACCGGUCCACCACAGAGCCUGCCAGUUCAACAUGUUCCGCCCAUUCCUCGGUGCAGUAAGGUGUGACCCGUGCAAGUGGAAAAACUGUCAGAAGCAGGCAAUAAUGUGGAGGAAACACAAUACGAGAAGUAUGGUAACUUCUAUUUCAUCUUCAUCUGGUUUUCAGAAGGAAUUAAGUGUACCGCCUAUUCACAAACACUAUACAAGAAGUAUUGGAACCUCUAUAUCAUCUUCAUCUGGUUUUGAGAUGGAUCCAAGUGUACCGUCUAUUCAAGAGCUAGCUGAUGCACGAGUGAUCUACAGUGUAGCCAGUGCUAUGGGUCAUAACCAGGAAUCACAUCCAGAGUCCCAUCUAAGAGUUCCUGCAAUUUUGAGUGCCCUCGAAAAGAUGAAGCUCACUUCAAAGUUUCGCGGUACAGAUAUAGUUGAACUUAAAAAUUUCAAGCCUGCCUCUUUGGAUGAUAUUGCAAAUGUUCAUAGCAAAGCUUAUGUUGCUGCUCUGGAGCAGACUAUUGGUAAAGAUGCUGAAAAGGGCAUCAUUUUCAUUGAUGAAACAAAACCAACAUAUGCUACUGCCAGUACAUUUAAGGAUUCACUUUUGGCAGCUGGAGCAGCACUAGCCGUGGUUGAUUCAGUGGUUGCAGCAUCAAAACUGAGCCCGAACCCUCCUGUUGGAUUUGCUGUGAUCAGACCUCCAGGGCAUCAUGCUAUACCAACUGGUCCCAUGGGUUUUUGUGUGUUUGGAAACGUAGCUGUUGCGGCACGCCAUGCGCAGCUUGUGCAUGGAUUGAAACGAGUAUUUAUCAUUGAUUUUGAUGUUCACCACGGGAAUGGGACAAGUGAUGCAUUUUAUGACGACCCAGACGUAUUCUUCUUGUCCACUCACCAAGAUGGAAGAGAUAAUGCCAUGAGGAGUGUAUUUGAGGAGGUUAUUUUGCCCUGCGCUCAGAGGUUCAAGCCAGAUAUAAUUCUUGUCUCUGCUGGGUACGACGGUCAUGUCAUUGACGAGAUAGCCGGCCUGCAAUUCACGACGGGGACGUAUCACAGGCUGGCAUCGGAUAUCAAACAGCUCGCCAGAGAUCUGUGCGGGGGCCGAUGCGUCUUUUUCUUGGAGGGGGGAUACAACCUCGAAUCUCUUUCCUAUUCGGUGGCCGACACAUUCAGAGCCUUUCUUGGAGAGAGAAGCUUGGGGAGCGAGUUGGACGACCCUGCCAUUCUCGCACCCGAACCGUCUGCCAAGGUGAAGGAAGCAAUUCAGAGGGUUAGAAGCAUACAUUCCUUCUGAAUCAUCAUCAUCUUCUUCAUCAAAAUUAGUUUAAGAUCUUGUAAAGUAAUGCAGAACAGCUAGUGGUGUAGUACUUUUUUUUUUUUGCAGAGAACCAUAGCUUUUUAAGCCGAGCAAUGCUACGUUCACAAACAGAAUGGUCACAAACUUCACAAACUUACCAUUUAU